AUCUUAUUUAUCGAGUAUCCUAUCGUUAUGUCUGAGGGGUAAGACAAGUCCAUGCAUGUGUAACUCAACGCUCGAGGCUAUUCUCCAAUCUAGCGUCCCGUUUGUUGGCUUGAACGGAACCGUAGAUUUUUCUCCUUCAUUGAUCUUUACCAGCAUCUGAAUGUUGAGAGCUAUUGCACUUCUGCUCAUGAUAUGGGCCCCUUGUGUAUAUGCUUCCGGAAUUGGUUUACCGUAUCCGACGACAAAUGAACCUCCUACCACCAACGCCCCUCCUACGACGGGGGAAAACGGUUGCUUUUACGAAGGCAAAUGGCACCCACCUGGUGAGAUCGCCCGAGGAUACGACGGUAGGAAUUGGUGCUACGGCGUCGUGUGUGAUCCACAGGGUGAGGUCAUUCACUGGGACGACUUUAAAUGCGGCACUUCGAGUACGCCCGAAUACCCAACGACAUUUCCUCGACUGGAGCAGACAACUCCCCGAAUGCGAGCUAACUCGCCCGAAAAUCGGGAGACUCCUCAAACAAAGACAGAAUGGCAUGGACAGGAUUUAAAAACUUCCGGAAAAAGCGCUUGGCCCGAGCUGGAUCCCACCCCGACGAAUAUCCCAAAAGGUUGCUAUCACAACGGUAAAUGGUUUCCUCCUGGAAGCAGAAUGACAACAGAACGCAGAGGUCGCCGCUGUUUUGGCACUUUAUGUUCACAUGAUGGUUACGUGGUUACGUGGGAUGAGCUGUUCUGUGGACCCGAAUUGCGACCGAUUACUACUCUAUCGCCACCGACUAGAAUUCCCAAGGGCUGGCUCAGGAGAACCCGAAAACCGAAAAGUUCCCGAGUUCCUUAUGGUCGUGAUCUCAUACAACCACGAUACACUAGGCAGCCGGUGACUACACGAGCCACUCGCCCAUCCCCUGUGGUCAAGCCUUGUUUUUAUAAGGGAAAAUUUUAUGUACGAGGAAUGAACGUGAUGGGGAGCUAUCCGAUUGACUGUAAAGGGUUGAGGUGUAGCCUUGACGGUAAACUUGUGAAAUGGGACUACUGUCAUGAUACCACACCUCCAGCCACCCCACCAUGGCCUACAACACCUCCAGGUUGUCAUUUCCACGGAAAAUGGUAUCCCCCUGGCUCCGAGAUCUCCAUGAGUAGUUACGGGGAGUGCGAGUCUGGGUUGACGUGUGAUGCGAGUGGAAUGAUCAUGGUCUGGGAUGGGUUGGGGUGCUUUAGAGACCCUAACCCAAAUGUGCACACAACAGAUGCUCCCAAGCAUACGACAGAACCCCCUCGGACUACACCCGAACCUACGACAGAACCCCCUCGGACUACACCCGAGCCUACGACAGAACCCCCUCAAACUACACCCGAGCCUACGACAGAACCUUCCCGAACUACACCCGAGCUUACGACGGAACCUUCCCGAACCACGGUCGAACCUACGACGGAACAUAUAACAAAUGUUCCUCGAACACCAGGAUGUCUCUAUGAGGGGAAAUGGUACCCUCCAGGAAACCACCAGACAGGAUACGACGGCAGAGAUUGGUGCUAUGGAAUAAUGUGCGACAGAUCUGGACAAUACGUACCAUGGGACAACGUCAACUGUGGACCAACGACAACUUCAGUACCUCGAACCACCCCUAAAGGAUGCUAUCAUCAAGGGAAGUGGUACCCCCCUGGAUCUGAAAUCUCCAGGAAUAGUUACGGGGGCUGCGAGUCCGGAUUGACAUGUGGUAAGGAUGGCAUGGUAAUAGCAUGGGAUGGACUAGGGUGCUUUAGAGACCUACGUCCUUCAAAGACGCCAACAACUGAACCCCAAAGACCCGAAACUACCACAAAGAGGAAAACACAAAGACGUUUCACCACAAUUAAGGUCACAAGAAGACCGGAAGAUCGACCGAGAUCUACCCGAAGUCCCGAUACUCGACCAAGAACCACGCGACUUCCUGAUUUUCUCGCCAUACUUAUGUCGACUGCUCUUCCAAGAUACGGAUGUUAUGAAAACGACAGAUGGUAUAGACCAGGAGCCGAAAUAUCACGUGGUCAGAGUGGAUCUUGGUGCUAUGGGACAUACUGCUCAGAAUCAGGGGAAGUGAUAGCAUGGGAUGAUUGGAAUUGUAAAACGACCGCAAGAAGGACAACCAAACCCAGCAAGGAACCCGCAAUUCCAACGACAGAACCUAUCCCGAAACGUGAUCGAGUAACACCUGAGCCUACGACAACUCCAGGCUGUCAUUACCACGGAAAGUGGUAUCCCCCUGGCUCUGAGAUCUCCAGGAGUAGUUACGGGGGGUGCGAGUCUGGGUUGACGUGUGAUGAGAGUGGAAUGAUCAUGGCCUGGGAUGGGUUGGGGUGCUUUAAAGACCCAAACCCAAAUGUGCACACAACAGAUGCUCUCAAGCCUACGACAGAACCCCCUCGAACUACACCCGAGCCUACGACAGAACCCCCUCGAACUACACCGGAGCCUACGACAGAACCUUCCCGAACUACACCCGAGCUUACGACGGAACCUACCCGAACCACGGUCGAACCUACGACGGAACAUGUAACAAAUGUUCCUCGAACACCAGGAUGUCUCUAUGAGGGGAAAUGGUACCCCCCAGGAAACCACCAGACAGGAUACGACGGCAGAGAUUGGUGCUAUGGAAUAAUUUGCGACAGAUCUGGACAAUACGUACCAUGGGACAACGUCAACUGUGGACCAACGACAACUUCAGUACCUCGAACCACCCCUAAAGGAUGCUAUCAUCAAGGGAAGUGGUACCCCCCUGGAUCUGAAAUCUCCAGGAAUAGUUACGGGGGCUGCGAGUCCGGAUUGACAUGUGGUAAGGAUGGCAUGGUAAUAGCAUGGGAUGGACUAGGGUGCUUUAGAGACCUACGUCCUUCAAAGACGCCAACAACUGAACCCCAAAGACCCGAAACUACCACAAAGAGGAAAACACAAAGACGUUUCACCACAAUUAAGGUCACAAGAAGACCGGAAGAUCGACCGAGAUCUACCCGAAGUCCCGAUACUCGACCAAGAACCACGCGACUUCCUGAUUUUCUCGCCAUACUUAUGUCGACUGCUCUUCCAAGAUACGGAUGUUAUGAAAACGACAGAUGGUAUAGACCAGGAGCCGAAAUAUCACGUGGUCAGAGUGGAUCUUGGUGCUAUGGGACAUACUGCUCAGAAUCAGGGGAAGUGAUAGCAUGGGAUGAUUGGAAUUGUAAAACGACCGCAAGAAGGACAACCGAACCCAGCAAGGAACCCGCAAUUCCAACGACAGAACCUAUCCCGAAACGUGAUCGAGUAACACCUGAGCCUACGACAACUCCAGGCUGUCAUUACCACGGAAAGUGGUAUCCCCCUGGCUCUGAGAUCUCCAGGAGUAGUUACGGGGGGUGCGAGUCUGGGUUGACGUGUGAUGAGAGUGGAAUGAUCAUGGCCUGGGAUGGGUUGGGGUGCUUUAAAGACCCAAACCCAAAUGUGCACACAACAGAUGCUCUCAAGCCUACGACAGAACCCCCUCGAACUACACCCGAGCCUACGACAGAACCCCCUCGAACUACACCGGAGCCUACGACAGAACCCUCUCGAACUAAACCCGAGCCUACGACAGAACCCCCUCGAACUACAUCCGAGCCGACGACGGAACCCCUUCGAACUACACCCGAGCCUACGACAGAACCCUCUCGAACUAAACCCGAGCCUACGACAGAAGCCCCUCGAACUACAUCCGAGCCGACGACGGAACCCCUUCGAACUACACCCGAGCCUACGACAGAACCUACGACAGAACAUGUGACCACUGUUCCUCGAAGACGAGGAUGUCUCUAUGAAGGGAAAUGGUACCCACCAGGAAACCAUCAGACAGGAUACGACGGCAGAGACUGGUGCUAUGGAAUAAUGUGCGACAGAUCUGGACAAUACGAACCAUGGGACAACUUCAACUGCGGACCAGAAACCACUGUACCACAAACAUCUGCUAAACGUUCGACAACAACUGCUCCGACAACAAACGAUAAGCAGCAUUCUCGAACAGACUCGCGAAAAUCGACGACAGACAUGCGAGGACAAACACCUAGACAGCAGUCGUAUGAAUGCUAUUAUGAGGGUAAAUGGUUCGCCCCUGGGAGUGAAAUCUACCGCUCGUCUAAUGGACACAACUGGUGUUUCGGUGCUCGUUGUAGUUACGACGGUAACGUUAUCAUGUGGGAUGACUUCAACUGUGAGCACCAUCUCACGCGCCUUGCUUUGAAGAUUCACCGGAACCGGAAGUCACAUCCACUGAACUGUUACUAUCGUGGUCGCAUGUACCAAACCGGAAACAAAAUUAUUCACAGGUCAAAAAACGGGAAAUGCUACAGGGCCAUCUGCGCCGGCGGGAAGAUAGCAAACUGGCGGUCAGCGGUCUGUCCGUCGGUUGAGGUUCGACUGCGUCCACAAAUGUAUGGGCGGAGCUUCGUGACAACUGAUUCCUGCCAGUAUAAAGGCAAGAGGUAUUCAGUAGGUAGUGUGGUAUUCAGUAGAGCAUUGUUCAGGUCACGUGAUCAUGGAUGGUGCGUCGGCCUUAAGUGUGGAGGUAAUGGACGAAUCGUCACUUGGGGACCCCAGUGGGGGGGCUGUUAGAGUACUGCCUCGAUAUCAUGCUAAUAUCACGAUAUGGGCAAAUCGCAACGGGGGGAAUGUUGGAGAACUAUCUCGACAUCACAUUGAAGCUGAUAUAACUUCAUAAGCAAACCGGAGAAAUUUGAGAUUUUUUAAACUACCUCGACAUUGUGCCAAUAGACCGUUUUCACGAUGUUGCGCGCGCAUCCAAAAUGCCACAGGUGAUCCAAAAAUGCGAGCGAAGGGGUAUUUGAAUCAAGCGCCAAUUUGGCUAUAGCACUCUGGCAGCAUUUUCCAUAGCUGUAUGUGGCAUUUUGGAUGCCCUCGCAACAUCGUGAAGACGGUCUAUACAAUGCCAUGAGCAAAUCGAAGCGGGAGGGCUGUAAGAUUUCUAUACUUGAUAUUGUACUAAUAUAACUUCAUGGUCAUAUCGCUACAUUGGGACCCUGGGGAAUCGAAGCUGAUAGGUACACCCAAACAACACGUGGCAAUUAUACCUCAAUUAUCAAACGGAAGCUGAUACGAUAUUAUUAUUAUAUAAAUACUGGUAAAACUCUGAAAUUUUAUGCUGGCCAGAAAAAGUCAAUUAUAAAGAGAUUUUGGUAUUUUUAUUUUUUUUACUCUGAUAUAUUCAAGAAUUAUAGGAUAUAAUAUACAUGAAGUGUGUGAUUUAAAACAGACACUCAAUCAACAGUUACAUUCAUUUAUUGCAAUACACUUCUUACUAGAAUAUUAUAUAGACAAAUACAAUUUUAUAAAGUACACCAACCUCUUUUUA